AAAAAAAUAUCUCUAUAUUGUAAGAUUCGCAAUUCUUCUUAAAGAGCUUUAUUUAUUAUUUAUUAUUCUUCUUAAAGAGCUUUCACUAACUUUCAGUACUUAAAAGAAUGGAUCAAAAUUACCAUUGCAGUCAGUUUUUUUUUUACAGAGCUCUCAAUAAGGGCUUGAUUUUUCCUAGCUGAUUCAAUACACAUGAGUAAUUCCUAGCUCAUCUAUUUUCAAGAGCACUCUUUUAUAGGGCUCGAUAAGGGGUUGAUUUUUCUUAGCUGAUUCAAUAUACAUAAGUAAUUCCUAGCUCAUCUAUUUUCAAGAGUAAGUAUAAUUGCUUAGAAAGUUCUGGUUUUUCCUAGGUGAUUCAACAUACAUAAGUAAUUCCUUAAAGUAUGUACUUAUCAAAUAGUUUUCAGAGUAAGUGUAAUCUUAUCUAGGAAAUGUAGACGCUGGCUACAAUAUGAAAAAUAUAUACUAAUUUUUCACAAUCUUCAAUUAAAAUAUUGGUUAUAGUGUUUUAGUUUGUACUUGUGUAUGUACAUUUUGCGAAGAAUAACCCCUAGUCUACAAUAAAGGAUUUGAGCUUUAAGCCAUAAGAAACUGACCCUCACAGUAGUUUUUUUAUUAAGAAUACUCAGUUGCGAUUGGUCAAUUUCUUAUGGUUUAAAGCUUACAUCUUCAUUAGUAGACAAGGCCUAAUUGUUUUAUAUAAGAUUUACAUGUAAAUCCAUAUGUGUUCAUAUUUUCUUAUAAUCUGUACACAAUUUUUGCAUAGUUUCCACAUUUUUUAUAAUAUAACUUUACAUCAAAGUAUAUGAAAAAGAAAUUUUAAUUUAUCAUAAAUAAUUCAUAAAUUAUAUUCAACGUUAUAUAUAUAGAAUAAUGCACAUAUUGCUUCUAUGGCAACUAAAGAAAUUAAUAACAUAGACAUUUUCAUAUCUUUCAAAAUUGAUUUUCGUUGAUGUUCACUUUUUGUCACAUGUCAAAGAACACUUUGUCACUAAAUCAAUAAAUCAAAACGAAAUAAAUCACUCAAAAAUGUAAACCAAAACUAUACAAAUGUUCCUGUCGAAUGUAUUACCUAUUCCAGAUCGUAAAUGGCAUACCUGCGCGAAGUCCUCAUUUUCGAAAAAUUAAAUUUCAUCUCAGAGAAAAAUCGACAUGUCUUUCUAUGAUGAAAUUGAUGGUAAGAGACGAUGUUCUAGCACCGGUUGCUGUGGUUAGUAUACAAAAUAAAUAACCAGUAUUUAAGGAAACUGAUAGCGAUUUUAUAGAAAUCAGAACUACAGAUUAAAAACUUCCCCCCUUUCUUUCUCUCUCUUUUUCUCUCUUGAAAGAAAUUAAUUUUAUAAUAAAAUAAAAUAUAUUCCUUUUUGUAACAACAAAAUACCGAAGUACUAAAAUCAUCGAAGGAGUUUAAUGAUUUUCCUUCCAUUUUAAAUCUUUUCUAAUGCGUAACUUGUAUUCCACACGGCAUAGAACAUUUCAGCCAUAUUGCAGAAAUGUGACAAAUAUUGCUGCUAACAUUGUUGAAAUAUUCCGUGCUGCACGAGAUGUAUCCCAAGAAUGCUGAUAGCUUUAGCCUGCAAUGUUUUGACGCAGGAAGCAAUUGUGCAUCGGACAGAAGAGGCUGUGAGGCGCUCAUAUCUUCGUGUAAUUGCCAAAGUAAUGUAGGAUGCCUGGAUCGGUGCGAUGGUGCCUGCGGCGGUUUGCAACACACCGGAACUGCCGAGACAGGCGCGUGUCCCGGACCGUGUCAGUGCGCCGAGGAGAAGCUCUGGAACAGUAACGUGCCACCUAAACCGAAUUGCCAAUGGUUGAAUAACUUCGCCGAGCUGCGCCGUCAAUGGAGCGACCACGGUCGCCAGCAGACGUACAAGUGCCGUGGCUGCGGCCGUCGACCGUGGCAGAACUGUCGCUUCGUGUCGCCGACCGUGUCUUUCACCAGCGGCCCUGUGUUCCGGUACCGUUCUACUCACGCCGGACUGUCAGACGACGACUCCGGUUCCGGCGCGAUAAGCUGCGCCCCGCUUUGUAACUGUCGCCCAGAUUCUUCUUACCUUCAACAGAAAUGCUGUGGCAGCCGUCGUUUGGCGGGCGGGGCAAGCAAAUCGGAAAUAGCACCGGCAGAUAAAUCGUCAUCACCCGAACCCGUGAAACGGGAAGCGGGCGGUGGUUGCCCGCCGCCGAGCUGUAGCUACUCAUCGACCCGCUAUAAUUCUCCCAGCGCGGACGGCUCUACGUCGACCGUCGCUUCGUCUUGCUGCCCUUCGCAAUGCAGACACCAGGCUUCGUCGCAACGGGCAUCCGACUGCCAGCCCUGCGCCUUGAAAUCCAUCCUGAAAAAGCGCAGCUGUUGCUGCCAGCGUGACGCGAGUCGCUGCUGCACGUGCCAGCCGAUGCCGCGCGGCUGUAACUGCCCGCCGCCGAUUCAGGUGGACGCCCGCGCCUCGCGCGAGUGCUCCUGCGAAUGUCCGUCCGGCCCGGAAUGCACGUGUCCACCUAGCGAACGAAGGUUCCCAAAGGCGACGGUCAAGUGUCCCAACGCGCGCCGCUGUUGCCCGUCUCCUCGAUUACCGCCCGGUCCCAAGUGUCAUUGUCCACGUUGUCAACCGUGUCCACCCUGCGGUCCAUGCACGUCCUCCAACUAUCGACAACCUGUUCCACCCAAGGACGUUUCUUGCCGGCCUGGUACACCGUGUCCAUUCUGCCCGCCUUGUCGAUCGAUCGCGACCGCCUCGCCCUGUCGUCCUCCGACACCUUGCGGAAAAUUGACCUUCUGCACGGAGCGCAGUGGCCGACCCUUCUCGCCCUGUACAGGUCAGUCUUGGCGUGGGAUCAUUGGCGAUAAGGACUCGGAAAGUAGCAUCUAUGGUGAACAAAAUGAUGACGAUGAAAGACGAGAGACGAUACGCGAUAAGAAAGAUCGCCAUUGCUGUCACGUUGCAGACUGCGCUAGAUCCGAACGCGGCAUUGACGAGAUUCGCGAUUUAAUAUUGAAUGAGAGAUCCACGCAGUGUUCACCGUCAAAGACGUUUAUUAAUUUGUCGGAGACCACGAACCCUGCAGAGUCUGUCGAUCCCGACUCGCGCAACGCGCUGGGGGAAAGCGACGAGACCGCUUUCAAAAAUACGGCGGAGACUUUCGACGGUUGUACCACUGAGAAAUCUUCAAAGGAUUCGUGGUACACUUCACCUACCCAUAUUCCGUCCGACAGCGGUACAAAGCCCGAUUGUUAUGCGCUUCACGGGGAAUAUCCGCCCGCUGGCGGAAACGUAUCCGGGAAUCCUGCUUCGGCGAGUCACGUGAAAUCAUUUAGUCGGGUAAGGGAUUUAUCGGCGUCGAAUAAAACGCCGCUUCGACGUAGCGUUACUUUCCGCGAGACUCCGCUGGCACGUGUCGAAAUCGUUGGCGGGUGCUUCAAUAGGCAUCCCGACAACGACACCGACAUGUAGGAUCGACAGACGACGCAGAAAUCGUGGAUUCUUGAGAGAAGAUACGACAGAUGCUACUAGCUUACCACGGGAAAAUCGUGUAAGGCGAUUGAACAUUUCAAAACUGCCGUCUCCUACGAUUCGCGACCGUUCAAUCUUCCUCACCGUAGAUCGUCUAGAGCUAGAGAUGUUAGCAUUUUCGUCACUACAUAAAUCAGAGUCCCUCUCUUCUUUUACAUAUUGAAAUUGUUAGUGACAAUAACGAAAGAAACUGUGAAUAAAAUUCCGAGAGAAUAUUUAUCUGUAAAAUAUUCCGACAAUCAAUGCAGAAAAGUGAUUAAUAAUAAGUUUAUGUAUUUUAAGUAAAUUUGAAUAAUUAUAUAAAUUGUGAUGAGAAAAAAAUUGCGAAUAUUUCGUUAAGCUCUUUUCACACAAAUCCCUCAUUUAAAAGGAUAUUUUAUAAAAAUGUGUUAAAUAUGUAUCUUUUAAUGCAUUUUAUGCGAAUACGUUUAACGUUUUAAUAUGUAAUAUUUUACAUUUUACACAGAUUAAAUAUCAAUAUAAAAUUACGAAUUUUUUUAGUUAUAUCUAUUUAAAUAACGUAUAUUCGAAAGAUUCACAGAAUAAUAUAUCCGCAUAUAUGUUUAAAAAGUUUGAGACACUCAGGAAAUCUGUUUUGUUAAUUUAAUUAUGUAAUACACUAGAGACUGAUGUUUACUGUACCUUGUGUUGUGACCAAAGGACCAAUGUGACACGUGGUGUGGUGCAUCCAGUAGGUAUCAGCUGUACGUCGGAGGGAACAUCGAGUGUGUACGCGCAAACAAACGAAAAGAAGAGCGCGAGUGCAUACUGCAAUGUGAUAUCUAAUCUCAGUGGCAUCGGCUAUUCGACUCUCGUACCGAGUCCGUUGGCGCUAAUAUCCUUCGUUCUACUGAUUCUUGUAGCUGUUACCUGGUCCCCCGGUUCUGCCUUCUACCGUCGUUACUUGUUACGCAAGAGAAUCUGCUGGAAAUAUUUGAGCUUGUAAUCACACAAGAUAUUCCUGGGCUUGCAAUUAAACAAAGUAAAAAAUUUAAAUUUAUCAAAAUGCAUGAGUAGAUGAAUAGACGAGAAAUUGUACACAACUCUGGAAAUUUGCAAUCGAAGUUAUUACUGAUCAAUAGCCUGUAACUUACGUUUUGUUCCAAAUAUAAAACUCAUGACACAAUGGAAAUACUCAUAAAAUGUGAAACAACAAUGUAUAACGAUGAAUAAAUGAUUUAUCAACGAA